AUGGAUGUCGCGCUCGAGUUUCUUGACCCUUUGGUUUUUGACAAGGCCUAUGCUUGGGCCUUGCCUUCUCCCGACAUCGGCCUGAGCAACUCAACGUACUCCGACCUUCAGGCCGCCAGCACAGCGCCUACGUCUCAAUGGUCGCGCGACAACAUCUAUCGUCAGAUCACAUCCAUCCUUCUCAUCACUCAGCUUGGCGCGACAUCUCUCUACCUUAUUUUCAGCGCUCUGUCGUACUAUCUGGUCUUUGAUCGUCGACUCGAGUACCAUCCGCGUUUCUUGAAGAACCAAGUCCGCCAGGAAAUCCAAUCAUCCCUCUUCGCCGUCCCCUUCAUCAACCUUUUGACCCUACCGAUUUUCCUGGCUGAGGUUCGUGGCAAAAGCUUACUCUACUCCAACACGAGCGACUAUGGCUGGUCAUGGUUGGUGAUCUCGGCCCUUUUGUACAUGGCUUUCAAUGAUUUCGCCAUCUACUGGAUUCAUCGCCUUGAACAUCACCCCAGUGUGUACAAGUACAUCCACAAGCCUCACCACAAAUGGAUCGUUCCCACACCUUGGGCUGCGCUUGCUUUCCACCCGCUUGAUGGGUACGUGCAGUCUCUGCCAUACCACGUCUUCGUUUUCCUCUGCCCAAUGCAGAGGUAUUUGUACUUGGUUCUCUUCGUCGGUGUGCAGAUCUGGACAAUCUUUAUUCACGACGGAGAUAUGAUCUCGGGCCACUGGACGGAAAAAUUCAUCAACAGUCCCGCCCACCACACUUUGCACCACAUGUACUUCACCGUCAACUACGGACAGUACUUUACCUGGGCCGAUACCUAUUUCGGCUCGCACAGGGCACCAGAGCCCUCCUUGGAUCCUAUUCAUGAUGCUCUCAAGGUGAUGCGUGCGAAGGGACUUGUGGACGAGCAGGGCAACCCUAUCAAGCACAAGAAGAGCGAGCACAACUUGGCAACCAUCAAUCAAGGUGGCGAUGUUCUCUGCCCUGAGAGACUGUCUAUCUGUAACCACGUCAGUGAAGAAAUGUAUCUCAAGGCUGUAGUUCUCGCGGUGCUGCUUCAUGCAGCGCAAGGCAUCGCUGCCGCUUCGCCGCGGCCAAAGCUUACCCCCGACGAAUUGGAGAAGAAAAUCGGGCAGCCAGGAUUGAAACAACAUCUACGAGCACUGGAUAAAAUCGGCAAGCAGAACGGGGGCAAUCGAGCUUUUGGAACUGAGGGAUAUGCGCAAUCGUCAGACUAUGUCCUCUCACAGAUUUCGACCAAACAUGAUAAAGAGCUCAAAACCUGGACACAGUCUUUCAACCAUACUUAUGAAGAGACGCGAGAUAUAUCUGUGACGGGACCCGAUGGCGAAGACGUGGAUGUAUUGUCUCUCAUGUACAACAACGCUACCCCGCUGCCAGAUGGUGUAACGGGUGAGCUGGUCGCAGUUCCUGUCGACGACGAACGAGGCUCGGGUUGCUUCGAGGACCAAUGGACCGGUCUCAAUGUAACCGGCCAACUAGCCCUGGUCAAACGCGGUGUAUGCAGUAUAUCAGACAAGCUCAAAAUCGCAAAGAACCUAGGAGCCACAGGAGUUAUCCUCUUCCACAACACAAACAGCACUCCCAACGCCGCAACCUUAAGCGCAGAGAACAUAGGUCUCCUUGCCCCCGUCGGUCUCGUGUCCCAAUCAGUCGGCCUAUCAUGGCUUUCCCGCAUCGCCGCCAACGAAACUCUAACAGUAACUCUCCUCGUAGACUCCAUCUUCGAACCCCGUUCCUCCUGGAACGUCUUCGCCGAAACCAUCGAAGGCGACGCAAACAACGUCAUCAUGCUGGGCGCCCAUCUCGACUCCGUGCAAGCCGGUCCAGGAAUUAACGACGACGGUUCGGGCGUAACCGCGCAAAUCGAAAUCCUCAAAGCGCUCCGCGGUCUCCAAGGUAUCAAGAACAAAAUUCGUUUUGCCUUCUGGGGAGCCGAGGAACCGGGACUCGUGGGCUCGCUGUUCUACACUUCCCAACUCUCUUCGAGCGAAGCUGAUAAGAUCCGGUUCUAUUAUAAUUACGAUAUGAUUGGCUCGCCCGUCCCCGUAUACGGUGUCUACGCAAGAGAUGACCCAGGUGACAAAUUCGGCGCGCAAAUCCUGCUCGACUACCUCGUCGCAAAAGGUAAACCAGCGUACUUUGGCUCCUUCGGGACGGGCUCGGAUUACGUUGGGUUUCUGGAACUCGGGAUCCCAAGUUCAGGGAUCCACACUGGUGGAGGUGAUCCCGCAGACCCGUGCUAUCAUCUCGCGUGCGAUACGUUUGAGAAUAUCAGUUGGGAGGCCUUGGAAGUUAAUACGAAGGCUGCGGCGAGGGCGGCGGCGGCUUUGGCGCUGAGCGUGGAGGGUUUGCCGCCGAGGAAUACUACGAGUGUCAAUCCGAGGAGUGAGAUGGGGAUUAGGGGGUUGUUUGAGAAUUGGGAGGGAGUGAGGUUGGAAGCGGCGGGUGGGCAUUCGUGCGCGCUUAAGACGCGUAGGACUGUCUAG